GCGCGGACCAGCGCCGGGCGAGGACCUGAUGGUCUGCCGGAACAUCGGCGACGACGACUCCUCCGACUCCGACACGGCUCGUGGCGAAGAUGACGACGUAGCUAUAGUAGAAAAAAGUUUAGUAACAAUCGACUUAUCAGAAGAUAAUAAAGAGGAAGAUAAAAAUAAAGAUGCUGCCCUUACUUCUGAAUCAGUUGGUCAUAAAACGAAAAUAAAACAUGAAGGAAUGGCUGUGGAUGUUACUGGUAAAGCGUCUGGUAAGCCUACAGUUAACUUACACAAAGCAAAGACAAAUAAAAAUGAUGAAAAAUCUAGUAAAACUAAGAAAUCAAAACAAAUUGAUAAAACUAUAGACAAGAAUAAAGAGAUAGUAGAUCUAGAUGCACCAGAAUUGAAUAAAAUUGAUAAAAGUAUCGAUAAAGAUAAAGAAAUAAUAGAUUUGGACGCACCGAGCCCUGAUACUGACGUUUUGGAAGCUUUGAAUAAGUUGGACGUUAAUAAUGUUAUAACUACAAUCUCGUUUGAUAGUGAUGAGGAUGAUGCUAAAAAUGAUAAAGAUAAUGAUUCUCUAAAGAAUGCUAAAACAAAUGAAAAAGAUCUUGAAGUUCCUGGUGAAUUAGCUAGUACACAUGAGAAAGGCAAUGAAUCUCAGAAGAAUAAAGCAGAAAAAAGACGUCAAAGGGAAUCUAGUGAUUCGAGCAAUGGGAAUUUGGUUAUAGAUGAUGGCAUUGACUAUGAAAGCAGUGACAAUGAUUACCCAAUACUUAGACGUAAGUCUAGUGAUGAAAACACGAAAAAAAUUAAAUACAACAUGUACGAUAAUAGACGUUUUCACGAAUAUACUCCAAAUGUGUAUCGCAAUAGAAAGAAAAGAAGAAAAAAAAACGAUAAAAGCGUAACAAAGAAUAUUAAGGAGACGGAUAGUGAUGUUAUAAAAGAAGAUACGAAUGUGGUUGAAGAAGAGUCUAGUUCUGAUGAUGGUAGCCGGAGCAAUGACAGUUCAGAAGAAAAUGAUGAAGAAGAAGAGACAAGUAUUGAUCCGAAGCUGCUAAUGUACGCAGUAGUAGUCCUAGAAAGGAUCUGUGCCUUACCAACAUCUAAACCAUCAACAGAAACACUACGAUCUCCAUCACCAGAGUAUCUAUCAAUAAAAACUGAACAACCAUCAUCACCUGUGGGACCUACAUCACCAUCUAAUCAACUGUUGUUAAGAAUAACCCCAUCCCCACCUAUUUCAUCCCCACUUUUAUCUAGAUUAACCCCGUCACCACUAGAUCCACCUCCAAUGGUAUCUGAAUCUAUAUCAUCCGAAAUACCUCCAUCAUGUCCGUCAUUAUCUAAUCUGCCUAGAUUUUCAUCUAAUACACCUCCCCCCUUAGCUGAAAUAUCUCCUCCCUUAUCUGAAAUACCUCCCCCCUUAUCUGAAAUACCACCCCCAUUGAAACCACCUUCACCUCUUAUAUUUACACCUGAACCUGACUCUUUACUCCAUUUCUUCGCUUCAACAUUACCCCCAGAGUUCGUUUUCAACAAACAUAAUUUACCUUUGUUGAGAGAAUGCAAGUUCUGUUCCGUGCCUCUGCAAAGAGUAGAUGCGGAGAAGGGGAAAAUGGGUAACAGAGUGGCGAAGAAGAUAGAGUUACCGGAUAUAGAGGAAGUGCGGAGGAAUAACAGGAGCAUGCUGACGGCGCAAGUGGCGCCGCGACGGGCGAGGCGGAGAUCGGACUCGACCCCCUCGCCGUCCAGCGGUUCCGACUCGGACUGGACGCCGGGCGCCGGGCGGGCGCGGCGCGCGGCGUCGGGCGACGCGAGACAACAGACGCCGGACGGGGAGGGCCCCGAGAGACCCUACUCCGAUGGAUCGAGCUCAGAAUCAGAAGGGAUGCCCGCAGACGGGUUCGAUUCCGACGAGGACCUAAUCUCCGUGGUGCGCCGGCGCAACGCCGACGGGUCAGAGUUCCGCAAGCUCAAGUGCCGGCGACGGGUCAACGAGGCUGACCUGAAGAGAGUGCUUGACGACUUGGCCGGUAUAGAGGGCGACAAAGAUUGCACUCACAUUAAAUGCACCAGUAUGCGGGGUCCCGCGGCCGCCGUGUUAUCUUCAAACUGUGCGAACUGUGCCGCACGCGUCCUAUCCGCUCCGCCGAUCAGCGGACACGAAGCGAGACUGCAGAGACAGCUCUUACGAAGAGCCGCGAGGAUGGCUAGAGUGCCUGUGCCAACUCCUACCACAUCGACUGCCACCACCGCCGUGCCUGCCAUCGUGGUCGCCACCGCCUCCACGACCGCCCAUACAGAAGUCACCACCAAGGCCUCAGAGAUGAAACCGAGAUCCAAAAAGAGCAAAAAGCGCCCCCACUCCCCCUCCCGCCCGCGCGCGCCCCCCUUCCCCGUGGACGCGGAAGCCGCGGCGCGCGAGUGGCUGCGCCAGAAGAACAUCGCCGCCGAGAAGUUCGGCGUCAAACCCAGGAGCUACAAGAAGGUCGCUCCUGUGGUUCAAGACAGCGCACCAGCCACUAUACAACCUAUAACUGAAGCUAACAAUGAUACGGCACCAAAACCACCGCUGAAACAAAACGAGUUCACAAUACUACUGACCAACCAAAUGGGGGGCGCCACCGUCAUGCCACUAACCGAGGCGAACCUCUCCAAGGCCGGCCUCGACUCCACCUCGGCCUUCAAACCCUCCACCAGCACCGCCCCUACACUCUUCAACCCUUCCGCAGUCGCUAACAUUAAUAAAAAACUAGGCGCAUUAGCUCCUUCGUUAGAUUUCGUGCCUAUAAAACCUGCCGUAGAUAAAAUACAGACUACAAAUGCUAAUGUACACAUCCGUACAGUACCAUUAAUGACUACGACAAAGAAUAACGAAGGUUUUCAACCACUUAUAACUAAUGUGCAAUCGCUUGCCUGUCUUCCAAAAACACCUUGCAUGGUCGCCCAAGCGCGGAGUAUGCCCGACCUGAAUGAGUUCACAGUUGUUAAUAAAAAGGACACGAAUAACACCAAGAGUAUUAUAAUAAUACCAGCGCCGAAAAGUCAGAAAAAGCAAGAAGGUAGAUGUAAGGAUACUGAGAACUUACCGCAGCUGGUAAAUGUCGCUGGCGGAGUAAGUUUACCAAGCAAGCAAGGUCAAGCUUUACAUUUAGUUGUAUCACAGAGUCCACAAAAAAAUUCUGUUUUGAAUCAACCGAGCACGUCUCAACAAAAUACAGUGUUUAAAAAUGUUACUAAACACAUUUACUAUCAACCAAACGUGUCUAAACCGAAUGUGUUGAAUUAUCAACCGAAUGCAAGUACGUCUCAAACUACAGUGUUAAAUUAUCAACAGAUUGCAAGUACGUCUCAGAAUACAGGGUUAAACUAUCAACCGAACACAAGUGUGUCUCAGAAUACAGUGUUAAAUUAUCAACAGAACACAAGUGUGUCUCAGAAUACAGUGUUAAACUAUCAAUCAAAUACAAAAAACACAGUGUUAAACUUCCAACCAAGUAUAAUAGUAUCUGGCAGUAUUAUCCAAGGGAUAGAAGCCAGGCCCAAGACUGCCACAUCUCGUCCGUAUUUAGUGACAUCAGGUCAAAGGCCGCCAUUGAUCCUGAACUCUGUGUUGGCGGGACAGUCGACUCAACAGUUCAGGUUGUUGAAUUCGACGCAGAUGUGCGCUGUGCCGCAGGCGUCUACGGUAGUGACGGCGUCGCAACCUAGUAUGCUGUUUAGUUCUAUGCCAGGUCACGCGCUGAACGCGACACCCAUGCUCGUGCGCUCCGUGCACGCGGGCCCGCCCGCCCCGCACCGCCCCCCCGGGGCGCCCCCCGCGGCUGACGCGGCCCGGCAACACCCCGCGUCGGACGAAGAUACGGCGGAUGGUAGUGAAAUCAUAAUGUCGUCCCGCCUCGACUGGUCCCAGCCUCCCUUGUCCUCCGCCGCCUGGUGCCGCGGGCGCGACUCCACGACCCUCGCUGUUCUGUGCACCGGCCGGGUCUGCUUCAUCCGCGCCGACAGGCAGAACUACCUGCUGGUCUCUGAGGAGGAGCAACCGCCGGCCGAGGCCGAAUACUGGUCUCUGAGACCGAGAGUCAGGCUGACGUUACCGGGCAACGAAGGGGAAAGUGAAGUGGAACCGGCGGCGAAGCGAGCGAAGACAGGAUCGAACCCCGCACCGGAGCCCGCUGCUGCCAAACCAAGUUACCUCAAAGUGAGGGCAUUUGCCCGUCUUGCCCCGGACCCGGACAAAGCCCGCAAGUUCUCCGAAAACCCGGCCCAGGGGGCCGAAAGACCCCCCACCGAGGCCGAUAGACCCCCCAACGAGGCCGAAAAGCCCGACAAGUUUCUAGCACCGGCGAGAGUGUUUGUCAACAAUCUGAUUUAUCAAAAGAUGAGCGAUGAACCGCUAGUUUAUGCCAAGCUGCUGGUAGCGGUGCCGAGUACUAAGGCAUGCCGAGCGCUGCUCACCCGCGGCAAGCCGAUACAGAUGUACUGUCUCAAGACUGGCAAACUGUACCCUCUGGAGGCCGAGCCAAAGAAUGACGUGUCCCGUAUAACCCUCACUGGCGACGAGGAGAUCUCAGGAGCGCUACUAGCGCUCGCCAAGCGACUCUACAAUCCUUACGACGAAGUGGACUUAGAGCAGGAUUCCGAUGGAAGCCCAGAUAAAGACAUAACUGAGGUCCGGAACACCGCGGGGCGCAUGAUCAAUGCCAUCGAAAACACGACCAAACUAUCCAGUAAAACACGCCAAGGUCACUCCAGCCGGGGUCACUCCAGCCAAGGUCACUCCAGCCAAGGUCACUCCAUCCAAGGUCACUCCAGCCAAUCCAGCAAGGAGCCGGGCAAGCCACAGGACGCGCAUGCGGUGCUGCUCAAUAUGCUAUCGAAUAAGACCAUAAACACACUGCAGAGUGGCGGCCCCACGGUUACCACGGCAACCAAAGUGAACACCAAACCGAACGACGUGAUCGAACUGAGCGACGAAGACUGAAUAAUCAUCUUAUACGUAGCUUAUAAGAUCCAUACUAAUAUUAUAAAUCGGAAAGUGUGUGUGUCUGUUUGUUUGUCCUUUUUUCACGGCAAAACGCAGCGACGAAUCGGCGUGAUUUCUUAAGUACACAUAGUUGAAGGGAUGGAGAGUGGCAGGCUACUUUUUGUCUCUUUCCAACCCCCCACUUCCCUAAAAUGGGGGAUGGGAGUUUGUACGGAGCAUUCCGUAAUUGUUGCAUGACGUGUUGACGUGAUUUUAUAAAUGGGGAUAAUUCAAGUAAAAAUUGAAUUUAAAGUAUUAAAAAUGUUAUAAUAUCUAAUUUUAAGAUGUAAAUAUUUAAAGAACUGAAUAUUGUUUCUAAAUAAUAAAUGUGUGAUUGUUAUUACUUUGUCUAGGAUUUAAAAAAUACAGUAUAAUUAUUAUGUCAAAAACAGUCGAUGAGGUAAGACCGUCUAAUAAGCUCUUACACGCUUAUAUAUACUUAGAGUCAGUUGACAACGAGUUCGGCAGCGGCGCCAAAGUUUCUUUUUAUGAGUUUAAAUUAGUUUCACAGAUUAAUAAAUAGUUAUUUGGGAAAACUUCGGUUUUAUGACGUAUUCUUAUCCCGUACAGAGGCGGGGCUAUCAAAAUCAUUGCUAUCCUAUGGUGGCCUGACUUUACCAUGUGACGGUCUUAACCAGAAAAUUGGGGUUUGAGUGCUAAUUCUUAGACACAAACGUGUACUGUAUUUAAAUGUAGAUAAAAAAAUAUAAUGUAAUUUUGUAGUUUAUUCGAUUGUAUGUCUGUAAGAGGUAUAUGUUGCGUGUUUUUACUAAUGAGAGUAAUGAGCGAUAGUUAUUUUAGAAAAUGACAUAAUGUUUUUUUUUUUUUUUCAAUCAUCUACCCGUUAACAUAAUGUUAUGAAUGUGGAAUAAAUAUGUAAAAUACUGUAGUGAUAGCUUUAGCUAAUACCUUUAUAAUAAAAAAAUAUUAAAAUUAGCACUAGCUACAGUGUGUAUAGUUAGCGACAAUGUUUCGUAAAUCCUAUGAUAGUAUAGUAUAGGGUAAGAAGGGUAUGACCGAAAUGAAUUACUACUCCUUCCACUUACAUAAUUUGCAGUAGGAAUAGAGAAGAAAACUAUUUUAUUCUGUCCUUGUCACUGUUUCUAAACAAUAAGUUAUUCUAUCUGUUCGUCGCCCCCCCCCCCCCCUCCCUCCCUCUUAGACAGUAAAAUGAAUGUAGGUAUGUAUGUCCCUCCCUCUCUCUUUGGCGAUUAGCCAUAAGGACUGACGAUCUGACGAUCUUUAGCGUACCAAUAAAAUAUCAAUUGUUAGGUUUUGAUUUAAGAAUGAACUAAACUUCCAAAGAAUAUAGGUAAUUCUUAUUUAAGUUUAGUUGUGUGAUUUAAAAGAAACAACACUCUUAACAUGACUGUACGACUGUGUAAAAUUAUUAUAUUUAAUAAUUAGGUUUAAUAUAACAAGGAACUGUUUAUUUGGAGAAUAUAAACUGAAACGAAAUGUUAAAGUCCUGUAUUUUUUCUAUUUAGAUUUUCUUUUUAACAUAAUAGUAUAAUUUACUAUACUUGUAUAACUUACAUGUAUUAAGUUUAAGUAUACAUAAUAUUAUAUACGAAAAUAAUGUCGCCAUGUAAUUCAAAAAGUUACUUAUUCGUUUUCAUCUUCAAUUUAAUUUGUAUUAAAACAGUCACCGUGGUUAGUGCAAAAAAGUUACAUUAUUGUCCCUGUGGAUAAGACCGACUAUAAGGACUUUAGUCGCUUCUGUUUGGCAUAGGUCGGUAGAGCUAAGGAACUAAUCUCUUCCUUUAUGCCGGUGUCUGAGUGACCGUGACCAUACAAUGCGAGUCUGUCAAAAAGGUUAUACCUACAUAUGUCGGUCUUAUCCACAUUGACCUUAUGUUAGUAAAAUUUUAUGAAACUAUAGCACAAUGUAAAUAAAGUAAUGUAUCUUUAUAA